AUGGCAGAGAAAGAGUUGGAUCCAAGACUCUUGGAAAUUAUGAAAGAAACGGGAACCAAAUUGUCGGGAGAUGAUUUGAGCGCCCUUAAAACCGUAAGCGUAAAGGAGCUUAUUAAAUUGUGGGAGGCUCUAGCUGUUGAUCAGCAAGAGCCUACAGCUGCAAAAGGAGGCAUCAAAUCCGCUCCUAAACGUUCAAAGAAAGAAAUAUUCGAGGAAUGGACAAAAGGAGUGGUAGAGCAGUAUAAAAAGGAAGCAGAAAAGAGACUUGCAUCCUCAUCUCAAGGAUCUCAUGUACCCAAACCAAAAGUGAUGAGUGAUCACGAAUAUAACAAGUCAAUCAAAGAAGUAAGAAGUAAUUUGAAAAAAAGAAUUGCGCUUUAUGAACAGAUGGUUUCCGCAAAAGAAGCUAAUGAUGAACAUGCUAUUCGAGAACUUUCUUCUCUCCAUAGAACAGGAAUGAAGAAUGAUCUAAAACUCAGAAACACUUCAUACUACGAAACAAUUCUUAAAAAGACAUCAAAUCAAGCCUUAAAACUUGUGAGACCCUUGGUUGCUCCUCAACUAGUUACAGUUAACGAAGCAAAAAAUCAACCGUUAGUUCUUGCCUCUAAACAGCUUGCAGCCAAUGGAGACGUGUUGCUAUUUCUUGAAAUUGCUAGUGAUGACACAAUCCGAGAUUUAGUUGUUGAGGCUGUUCCAAAUCAGAACGAAUUAUCAUGUUCAGUUCUUUCAGCCCCUCAAAUUGAUAAAAUUGGUCCAGAAGAUUUAGAAGCUGCAGUGUUGAAGGUUGAUUCUAAAGAUGUAAUUACUGUAGGUGGAGGAUGUCAAAUGAAACUUCAGGUACAUUAUACAGAUGAAGAAACCGGACAAAGAAAGACACAAAUUCUUUCUCCCAUUCAGCUUGGUAUUGUUGACAUUAUUGAACAAGAAACCAAAGACACUACUGAAUUUGAAAAUUUGUGGUUCAAGACGGGACAAAAAAACGAAACCAAAGAAACCGUCGUUUUUGACUCUCCUCUUCAAGAAGCAAUUGAUUCAUUUGUAGAAGGAUCUGGUAUGAUUCCAAUAUCUGAGGCACAACAAGAAAUAUCUACAACAGCUGUAAAACAUACUAUGCAAUUUUUUGCAAAGAAAGAUGAAAAACCUAUUUUAACUAAGGUGAUAUUUACUACUAAAUCAAAUGGAACAGAAGCCGUUGUUCAAACACGUACAGAACUUGAGAAUGUCAGGACAGAGGCUGUUAAAAACCUCAAAUCCUUUUGGGAGAAUAUGAAGCAAAAUAAGGAAGAGAUUGUUAGGGGUGUUGGUAGAAAAAUUAAAUUUGAAAAAGAGGAAAAAGUGAAAGAGGAACACCUUAAAGCUCAGGAAAGAUUGAGGAAGGAAAAGGAAGAGGAAGAGGCAAAGCGAAAACAGGAGGAAGAAGAAAUGGAAAGAAUGCUCAAAGAACAGGAAGAAGAAGAAAGACUGGCUAAAGAGGAAGAGGAAAAACGUAGAUUUGAGGAACAAGAACGAAUAAGACUUGAGGAAGAACGAAUUCGACAUGAAGAAAUGCUAAGAAUCAUGGAAGCAGAGCGCAUCAAAAAAGAGCAAGAGGAGCUUGAAAAACUCAGAAGGGAAGAAGAAGAGAAAGUAAGACUGGAACAAAAGAAACGUGAAGAGGAGGAAAGGAGAAGAAAAGAAGAGGAAGAGAAACGCAGAAUUGAAGAAGAAGAAAAACGGCGACGAGAAGAGGAAGAAAUGGAAAGAAUGCUCAAAGAACAGGAAGAAGAAGAAAGACGUGCUGAGGAAGAAAAACGUAGAUUUGAAGAAGAACAGAGGCUAAAACGAGAGGAAGAGGAGAGAAUUAGAAAAGAGCAAGCACGGUUGGAAUUGGAACGAAAAGAAGCUGAAGAGAGAAGGAAAAGAGAGCAAGAAGAGAAGGAAAGGCAAGAAUUAUUGAAGCAACAAGUCGAAAACCACAGAAAAGCAAGAAUUCAAUCUCUACAAGCCAACAUGCAGAAUUUUUGGAACAAAUUUGGUCAACCACUAAAGACCAAGGAAUUUUCAGGAGCAGGUUCCUUCGUUGUCAAAUUACACACCCUUCCUUCUCAUCAAGUAAUUGAGGUUCAAAUAUCUCCACCACAGGAACCAAAUACGUGCUACAAGAAUGUAAAACUUGAAAUCGAUCCCAUCAUUAUAGGUCUCGUCAAGGAGCCGUAUCAGGUUAUGAUCGAUGAACUCUUCCCCUACAAUAGUGCUAGCUCUGUUGCCCUGGCCUUAAAGAGAAAUGAAGAUUUCCCUGUUGGACAAUUGGGAGAGCUAAAGAUCAUGUUCGACUCGGCAACAUUUGAGCCAUCAAACGAUGAGAUCGUUGGAGAACUCCAACCAUACGAAGUUUCGAUGGAUAAUAUUGAAUUCAAAAUCGGGGACCUAAAUCUUACUCAAACAGAACCAAGUUUCGAAGAUUUCAAAACAUUAUGGGAUAGUGGUAUCUUUAGUGAAUAUGGAAUGGAUACUAUUGUUUCCGGAGAGCAUGAAAAUCCUGUUGAUUUAGUUAAAGCAUUUUGUGUGUCGCAUGAUCUUGCACCAGUUGUUCAUGUAAAGGAAGGUGUUGACGAAGGUACAUGCUUCUUCGGUUCUUCAUAUGAAUUUCCGUCAGGCGAUGCAGCACUGGUUCUUGGAAAAUCGAACAAGUUCGAUAAUGGUAUUGUAAAACUCAAGGUUCAAGUGAAGUCAUCAGAAAAGAAAAUCACAGAAAAGUUCCUUAAAUCUUUUUGCUCCGUGUACAAGGAACACAUCAAACCUGUACAAAUGUUUGAAAACAAGACAGGUCAUGAAGCAGCACAAGAAAAAUUGGGAGUACCUACAGCCAUCCAGAAACGUGUAUUGAUUUCCAAACCAUCUAAUCCACUGAUCAAAGUAGACGUGUCUAAGCGUGUGUAUUCUGAUAAGAAAGUGAUGCUGGAAUAUCAUAUAGCGAACAAUGCUUAUUCGCCCAUUGAAAAUGUUGACAUUUUGAUGAGCGGAAUAGGUUAUGAAUCGGGUGGCGGUGAAGGUGAUAGAAUUGAACCAAGUGAAGAAGCGAUUGUGUGCAAGUUUGUAUCUACAGAUGUUGGUGAAGGAUGUAUUACACCUUGUUUGUCCUACUCCGUGUCUGGUCAUCCUGAAAAGCAUGAAUUGUUUAACGUGAUGUUCGGAUUGAAAGAUGAAUUAAUUCCAGUGUAUCCAACUUCAGAUUUCUUUGAAGUGGAGUGGCAACAAAGUCCAACUUUCGAUGUGCUUGAUGUUGCUGAGUUAAUGUCAACAGAAAUAAGCCAAGUGAGCGAAUGUGUGAAUGACGCGUUUGGAGCGUCCAAAGCUCUCAACCAACAUGAGGUUGAAGAAUCAUCUUCAGAUACUUUAAACUACAUGUUCACUUUACCAUCAGGAGAAGACUUAUUUGUUCAAGUUGUUUUGGACCCAUCUCCAAAAUCCAUCAAAUAUUCUCUCAAGUAUAAGGGUGACGGCCCAAAUUUAAAAGCUUAUGUCCAAUCAUUGGCUGCCUUUUUGCGUUAUGAGGUUCAAAAAAGAAAUGUCAUUCUCGAAGGGGAACAAUCACCUCAAAUUCCAGAAGCAGAUAAUGACCAACCUCCCAUUGAAGACUCCGAAUUGCCUGAAUUACCUGCUGAGGAAGACAAACCUCCUGAACUUCCAGUAGAAGAAGAAGACCACACCAAAGAACCUCUAAUUGAUGAAGAACCUGAAAUUCCAGAUGUUGAAGAACCUCCAAUUGAUGAAGAACCUGAAUUACCCGCAGACGAAACCCCUCCUGAAAUACUAGACGAAGAAGAGCCUCCUGAAAUUCCUUCCGAAUACGAAGAUACCACACAUGAAGAACCACCUGAACUACCAACAGAGGAAGAGCCUGAACUUCCACCAGAAGACGAAGAACUUCAGGAGCCUGAAUUACCACAAGAGGAAAAUGUGCAAGAGGAUACAGAACCUCCAUUUGUGGAUGAUGAAGAGCCUCCUGUUCAAGAAGAAGAUGUGCCAGAACUCCCACCAACAGAAGAGACUGAAAAAGUUGUACACAUCGAACAACAACAACAAACACCGAUUGAACAAACUAAGCAGCCUGAGCAACAGCCAUCUGUUGGAGAUGAGGCGCCUCCAAAAAAGCCUGAAGUUUCAGAAGAAGAAACAUUUGCAGAAGAAGAAAAGGUGCUUAAACAAAAUCAAGUGGAUGUUUCCAAACUUGCUAACACAACAUGGUUAAAACCACGAUUCGCUGUUCACCAAAACGGAAGUCCAAACGAUAAGAAGAUUUGGGAAAUUGACUUCUUCGCAUCCACCUUCAAGUUAUUCGAAAAGAAGGGAGGAAAACUUAAAAGUACAUAUCAAGCCAAAGAUUUAUAUUCCCUGGAGAGACAUUUUACUGACUCUAGAAGAUCUGUUUUGAGAUUCUUUGGAGACAAGUCACAUCAUGAUCUCGUAUUUGAAUCAAACUAUCACAGAGAACGAUUUUUUGAAUGCGCCUCAUGUAUGAGAAAGAAUUUAUUUGUUUGGUGCCCUUUCGUUUGUGCUCCUGGGCAAGUUAAAGUCAUUUCUGACCUCAAAGGAUCAUUCAGCUGUGUUGAGAAUGGCCAAAUCAAGAAGUACCAUGGUGAGUGCAAGGUAAACGCAUAUGCAAAAGCUUUUGAACCCAUCCAAGUGUUCUGUAUGACUUGGAAUAUGGGUGGAAAGAAAGCUCCCAAAGAUCCGCAAGAGCUUCAAGACAUUCUAGUCCCUGGCAAAUAUGAUUUGUAUGCCAUUGCCACCCAAGAAUCAGGAUUCCCUAAGGACGUAAACAAAUUUAAGGCGUACGUCGAAAAUUGUCUUGGAGACAAGUACAUUGUUUUGACGUGCAUUACAAUGUGGGAAAUUCAAUUAGUUGUGCUUACAAAGAAGUCGCACUUUUUAAAGAUUUCGAAUAUUCAAGGCGUUCAAAAAGCAACAGGUUUUGUAAAAGUUGCCGGUAAUAAGGGUGGUGUUGGAAUUUCAUUGUGCUUUAACGAUACACCCAUGCUUUUUAUUUCAUCUCAUUUGGCUGCUAACCAUGGAGAAGGAACAGAUGAUAAGGAAUAUCUUAAUCUUAGAAAUCAAAAUGCUCAAGAGAUUAUUGAUGCAAUGUGUAUUGGUAACCCAACCAUGGACAUUAGUGGACAGUUUGAUUAUAUUUUUGUUAUGGGAGAUACCAAUUAUAGAGUUGAAAUGCCUUUUGAUGAAGGAGUUGCUUUGGCAAGAAACAAAAAGUAUGAUCAAUUAGUCGCCAAGGAUCAACUAAAAGCACAGCAAAAACUUGGAAAAGUAUUUUAUGGCUUUAAAGAAAAUCCAAUUACAUUCCCACCUUCUUACAAGUACAAACCUGGAACAUUAGAAUUUGAUAAUAAGAAAAAGCGAACACCAUCUUAUACUGACAGAAUUCUUUACAAGACAUUCCCUGCUUGCAAGAUUCUAAGUGAAAAGUACACUGUCAAGUUCCCAGAAUGCAAACACCCAUCCGAUCAUCUUCCAGUCCAAUGCGUCUUCACUGUUCCUACUCACAGACCAUUUGUGUCCGUGUUCACAUCUGAGACCCAAUAUUCUUGCCAAAUUAUCUUUGAAGAAAUUGUUUGUAAAUUGGCUGUUAGAGAGGAAAUUGUCAAUCCUACUGUAACAUUUUAUGCCUCUUGGUUGGACUCGAAUGAAAAGGGCGAAUAUCCAAUGACUUCCAAGAUUGCAAACACAAAGACACCACUAUGGGCGAAGGAGCAAAUACCAAUUCUUGUUCCAGCAACCUCUAAUGUUGAAUAUUUACGUUUGAAACACCUUACCUUAACCAUCAGAACAGGCAAGCCAGAAAUCAGCCGUGGAAUUGAAAAUCUUAUUGGAACUGUAAUUUUGCCUCUUCAAAAUGCUGUUGCAAAGAGCCCAGAAAAAAAUCCAUUCAAGGCCCCUAUUCAUGCACAAGGUGGGUUGGCUGCUGGCAUCAUGGAAGGUUGCUACAGAAUUGUAUAUAAAAAGGAAGAUGUGGGCAAGAAACUCAUGAAUGUGGAUACAGAAUAA